AUGUCAACCCAUAUACCUUUAGCUCCCCCUAAUAUAGUGAACAGUAUUAUAGGAGGUCAUUAUAAAGUUGGUAAGAAAUUAGGUGAAGGAAGCUUUGGUGCUAUUUUUCAAGGCACCAACUUGUUACAAAACCAACAAGUGGCUAUUAAAUUUGAGCCUAAUACAAGUGAAACACCACAACUUGAAGAUGAAUACAAUGCCUAUAAAAUCUUGUCUGGAUCAGGCAAGAAAAGAUUAGUGGGUGUACCGAACGUCUAUUAUUUUGGUCAUAGUGAAACACAUUACAUUUUGAUCAUUGAUUUGCUUGGAUCCAACCUGGAAGAAUUGUUUGAUCUUUGUGGAAGAAGGUUCUCGGUCAAGACAUUAGCCAUGUUGGCCAUUCAGAUGAUUUCUCGAAUACAAUCUGUUCAUGAAAGAGACUUGGUGUAUCGUGAUAUCAAACCAGAUAACUUUCUUCUGGGUAGACCAUAUUCUGAAGAAAUGGGCCAAGUGUUCAUUGUUGAUUUCGGUAUGGCCAAAUUAUACCGUGACCGAAUUACAAAGAAACAUAUACCUUAUCAAGAGAGAAAGAGCCUUACUGGAACAGCAAGAUAUAUGAGCAUCCAUACCCAUUUAGGAAGAGAACAAUCACGUCGCGAUGACUUGGAAGCAUUGGGUCAUGUAUUCCUGUACUUCUUAAGAGGUUCAUUACCUUGGCAAGGUAUGAAAGCUGCUAAUAACAAACUGAAAUAUGAAAAGAUUGGUGAAAAAAAGCAAUCUGAACCAAUCCGUUCCUUGUGUGAAGGUUAUCCAAAUCAACUCAUCAAAUACAUGCAAUAUACUCGUAGAUUAGGGUUUGAUGAGACACCUGACUAUGACUGGCUUCGCAAGUUGUUUUAUGAAAUCCUUCGAGAUUUAGGUGAACCAAACGAUAGUAUGUUUGAUUGGAUCCUGUUGAAUGAAGAAGAUUGGCAGAAAAUAAUGGCAGAUAAACAAAAGAACAAGAGCAAACCAUUACUGUUGGAAGCUCCUCCUUUGCUGCAUCAAAAGCGUGACAUUAUUGACUUGACUACAACACAAGAACCCACACCGAUGAAAAGAGACUAUGGCACAUUGUCCAAAGAAGACUGUAAGCAUAAAAACCAUUGUUCUAAAAAAAAAGGAUGGAGAAAGCUCAAGUCAAUCUUAACCUGUAGCACAUAA